UUUGCAGCUGCUGCAGAGCUCAGCUGCUCUCAGUCUAGGGCUGUUCAAAGAGCGGUCUUUAAUAAUUCAGUGUGGGUAGCAUUGCAAUCCGUUAGUCGAGCUGAGAGUGCAGGCUCACACCUGGGGGCCGCCUGCACCAUCUCUUCUACCUUCGCCGGCCACAGGCAAGGGAAUUCCUUAUCCUUUUGUCACGGAACAACAAUAAGACCCCCGUUGGUUUUGUUUGCAGUGAUGGCAGCCACGUGUAGGUCCUUGGGGAUCUAUUGCUUAUUCUGCUGGGUUGUCUGGUGCUUCAUCUGUCUGCAGAGUCCUGCUGAGGCCAGGAGGGGCCCCAAGGAUCCCCGCUGCCCUCCAUCAUGCUCCUGUACCAAGGACAGCGCCUUCUGUGUUGAUUCCAGAGCCAUCCCGAAGGUCUUCCCUUCUGGCAUCAUCUCCCUGACGAUGGUGAAUGUGGCCUUUACCGAGAUCCCUGAGGGCGCCUUCUCCCACCUGCCCAUGCUUCAGUUUCUGCUCCUCAACUCUAACAAGUUUUCAGUGCUAGCAGAUGACGCCUUUGCUGGUCUGAUUCAUCUGCAGUAUCUGUUUAUUGAGAACAAUGAUAUCCAGUCCCUGUCCAAGCGGACCUUCCGAGGGCUGAAAUCCCUGACUCACCUGUCGCUGGCUAACAAUAACUUGCAGGUUCUUCCCAGAGAUCUCUUCAAACAUCUGGACAUACUAACUGAUCUGGAUCUCCGAGGAAACUUAUUUCAUUGUGACUGCAAAGUGAAGUGGCUGGUUGACUGGCUGCAGAAGACCAAUACCACAGUGCCAGACAUCUACUGUGCAAGUCCAAUUGAGUUCCAAGGAAGGAAGAUUUCAGGCAUGUUGCCACGAGAUUUCAACUGCAUCACCACAGACUUUGCCAUCUACGAGACCUUUCCCUUCAGCUCUAUCUCAGCAGAGGUGUUCGAGCAUGCUGGUGACCUCUUCGCAGUCUUUGCUCAGCCAAACACUGGGAAUUGCGCUCUCUAUGUGUGGAAUCAUGUGGAAAUGGCUUUCAGGACCUUUCAUAACCUUACUUCACAAUCCGCAGUCUACUGCAAACCUAUUGUGAUUGACAGCUCAAUGUACAUGGUGGUCGCCCAGCUCUUCAGCGGCUCUCAUAUCUACAAGUGGGAUGGAGACACAGGCAAGUUCAUAAAAAUCCAGGAUAUUGACACCACCCGAAUUCGCAAGCCGAAUGCAGUGGAGGCUUUCCGCAUUGAUGGUGACUGGUAUUUUGUAAUGGCAGACAGUUCCAAAGCUGGCUCAACCAGUAUGUACCGCUGGAACAGCAAUGGAUUCUACUCCCAUCAGACCCUUCACCCGUGGCACCGUGACACCCACAUUGAAUUUUUAGAAGUUGACGGUAAGCCUCGACUUAUCCUAUCCAGCAGUUCCCAGGCCCCGGUGGUGUAUCAGUGGAACCGCAGCCAAAAGCAGUUCACCUUCCAGUCCGAGAUUGCCAGUACUAUGGAUGUUCAGAUGGUGAAACAUUUCAAGGUGAGAAAGGACCUGUAUCUGUGUCUGACUCGAUUUAUUGGGGAUUCUAAGAUUCUUCGCUGGGAGGGCCAGCGCUUUAUUGAGAUCCAAACUCUGCCAUCACGGGGAUCCAUGGUGGCAUUCCCAUUUGCAAUUGGUCCAAGGCAGUACUUGGUUCUUGGAAGCGACUUCUCUUUUUCCAGGGUUUACCUGUGGGAUGCCCUCACUCAGAAAUUUCAGCCUUUCCAGGAGCUUAACAUCCGAGCUCCGAGGGCUUUUAGUCUUGUGUCUAUCGAUAACAAAGAUAUUCUUUUAGUCUCCAGCUUCAAGGGAAACACGCUGGCAUUCCAGCACUUGAUGGUGGACCUCAGUGCAUAAGAAGAACAGAGGUAUUUGCAGGUAUCAUUGAAGGUGUAACAUUAACACUAAAAAAAAUCAAAACAAUUGUGUGCUUUUUAUAUAUACCCAUACACAUAUUUUAUUUAUAUAAUGUGCAGUUUUCAUCAUUAUAAUAGUCCCAUCAGUGCAUCCAUUAAUAAGGCAACGCUCUGCAAUGAAAUGAUCCAAAAAGCGAUCCAGUGGCGUGACAUAGAAGAAAAAGGUAUUGGAAAAAAUGCAAGAGUCACAUUGUAUAGCAAAAAAUUAAAGAGAGUGUUAACUCAUA